AUGGCGUUUGACCCCACGGCAUAUGGCAGUCCUUCAUCACGGAAGCAGCACAAGUCCGUUGCAUCUACCGCUUGCAAGCAGAAAGUGGUGGUUAAUGGUAAACCUCGCACGGCGACUGACGAAGCUAUAGCACCAGUUCCAGCGAUCAAUAUCGUGCAACAGCAAGCCAGCCACACUACGAAAGUCGAAAGUACAGCUCCACGAUUGCCGGCAUCGUCCGAUACCUCACACGUUGAGACUCAUAGAACAUCGACUAAGACUAGCACGGAAGCACAGCCCUUGGCUCAAGAUGAUAGUGCCAGGAAACCGGAUGACCUACAUGAUGGAACAAGACCUUUGUUGUCACAUGAAAGGACCGAGAGCACCUUAACAACAGCACAGCCCGAUAACAAGAGAGACACGAAUCUUGGUGCGCCAGCAAGGUCAAGUAAGUGCCGCAUUCAGGAACCUAAAGAUCAGCAACCACAAAGCUGUGCGCCCUCUCAAGCCAGUGUCUCCAAUAUGUCGCCGAUACAGAGAUCGGAAGAUGUGGCUGCACGAUUAAAGUCUCUUCAGACAAGCUCAAUGCAGAAAAUCUCCAGGAGAGUCGAGGCCAAGAAACAUAGGUCAAAAGAUCAGCACGAUACCACCUCAUUGAAAGACCUUGACCAUGCUCGCAAGAUAGUAAAUCCAGAGCAACCUGCUGCCUCCCGUCGUCCUUGGGCAGAAGAGUCUCCUGUUACCAAUCCCGAUCGAGGAGAACAGUACGCUACACAUAAAACUUUACGAAAUAUGUCCCAUGUGGCCCAGGCUGCAAGCACGCACCUCACCGAGACGCCUGGCGUAGUCUCGGCUCGUCCGGACCCUGUGCAGUCACGGUCUAAGUGGGCCACCAAAGAAGAGCUCAGGGAUGAAAAGCAGGAGGUCGACAGUAACGCUUGGAGCUCAGCUGUUGCUCCUAGCGAUGCCACACGAGCUAGUAACGUCUCUGAUCGGACUUUUGGGAAAUUGCUCAAUCAGCAUAAAGCUGAGCAAGAGGCAGAACUCUUCGACUGGGAAGGCCAUUUUGUCCCAGCUCCUGCUGACUGGGGUGAUAGACCUCGGUAUAAUAACAACAACCCGACUUUCAAGGCUGCUUUCAAGAGGUGGUUGUCUUCAGUUUCCAAAAGUAGCAGCAAGGCCCAUUCGUGGAGCAACGGGGUUGCGUAUAUGGUCGUUCCUGCACAUGUAUUGGAAGACAUUGACAACGUCGCUGAUGGUAUCUCUAUGGUCAGGCAGAAUACAACAAUCGGACUUAAGAACGCAGUCACGUAUGGAUAUGUGGACCAACCCGAAGAAGUCGUGAAGUACUCCCAGCCAAUUCAGGUCGAUGACUUCAAGGACUGGGGAAAGCUUGAUCUAUCUGACGCUAACAACGCAGAAUAUGGGAAAGAGAGAAGUCAGGACUUGAUUGACAACUGGUUGGCACAUUUGACAAACGCCCGCAAUGCUUCAAUAGACAAUGGUGUGAAACUUGAGGCAGAGACCGAGAGGCUCGAGGAUAUGCUGCCGCUUGUCCAAGAAGAACUUUUCGAACCUACGUUGAACAUUUACUUGAGGCCAGCCACGAAAGCUGAUCUACCAGAACUAGUGCGAAUCUACAACUGGCACAUAGGCAAUGGCGCUGCACCGGCUGAGACAAGAGAAAUUUCAGAACCGGAUAUGACAGGUCGCAUCAAUUUCGUAUCUGAGGCGCACCUUCCAUUUAUUGUCGCAGCUAAGAGGAGCCAGAAAGGUGCACGAUAUCGUCAAGUCAUGGACGACGAGGAGAUAUCACGACGCAUGAAUCUCCCGGUGACGCACCAGAGACACACAACGUUGACCCGUAUUGAAAAGUUGGCAGGAUUUUGUUGUGCGCAGGACAUGACAGCCGCAGACUACGUCGAGCACAUCUCGGCAGAACUUGAAAUAUACAUCGAUCCAGAUUACAGAAAGAUGGGUGUUGGGAAGUGCCUGCUCGACAAGAUGUUGCAGAUUUGCGAUCGAGGCCAUAGACUUACCACACGUUGCACCUUCCAUUGCGACAACACCAUACGACAUCUUUAUGGUCCUGGAGGUCAGCGCGAUGUUCACAAGGUGUUCUUCGUAUUGCGAAAGUGGCACUUGCCGAAAGCAGGAGUUCUCAGCAUUGAGCGACCCAGAUAUAGGAAGUCUGCAUAUGUCAAGACUACCGAGGACGACUACGGCAAAUGGCUCAAGUCGUGGCUCGAAGGAGUUGGGUUUGAGGAGGAAGGUGUAUUGAAGAAGGUAGGUGCCAAGAACGGGAGGUACAUUGAUACUGUCUACCUAGGACGUGAAACCGCAUGGCAGCCCGCAGAAGGCACCCUCCCUGAACCUGAGCCUAGAAACGAAGUCUAUGCGCAGGACCUGCAAGAUGAUGCAGACGAAGCAGAAUACGAUGGGUAA